AUGGACAAGCGCCGAUCCGAGACGUGGUCGAGGUUCGUGACGACGAGCGCCCAAGCCACCCACUAUUUCGAGGUGAUCGAUUUCUCACUGCUCGAGGGCUGGGGCGCCGGCUGGUACGUCAGCUCGAGGACCUUCACCGCCGGCGGCCGUGCCUGGAGCAUCAGGCUCUACCCCGACGGGUUGAAGGAGGACAAAGCCGCCCAUGCGUCGGUCCUCCUGUGCUUCGUCGGCGGCGCGAAGGGCGCCAGGACGAGGUACACUCUAGAGUUGCUGGAGAAAGACGGCGGGGUAUCCGAUCUCCAGGCCCAGGGCACAACCACCAUGCUAUCGCAUACAUUUAGGACGCCUGGUGCUACCUGGGGUUUCCCCAAGUUCGUAAAGAAAUCCAAGCUGAAACCGCCGCUGCGCCCCAGCGGCGACGGCUUCACGAUCAGGUGCGUUCUGACCGUCGUUGGGGAAUCUGAACCUGAGGACGUGACCGCCAUCGCCGUUCCGCCAUCAGACAUGCACCGGCACUUCGAGCACAUGUUGAGGAACGGGAGAGGUGCGGACGUGGCGUUCGAGGUCGACGGCCAGUUGUUCCGCGCCCACAGAUGCGUGCUCGCUGCGCGGUCUCCGGUCUUCGCGGCGGAGCUCUUCGGCUCGAUGAAGGAGAAGGACACGGCGGAGCCGAUCAAGGUCGAUGACAUGGAGCCCUGCGUCUUCGAGGAGCUGCUUCACUUCAUCUACACCGACCGGAUCUCCGGCGACAAGCGUGGCACCGGCGACAGGAAUGCUGCGGCGCAGCACCUGCUGGUCGCCGCGGAUCGGUACGCGCUCGACAGGCUCCGGCUGAUGUGCGAGGCCAAGCUGUGCCGUGGCAUCGACGCGCGAACGGUCGCCACCACUCUUGCUCUAGCAGAGCAGCACCGCUGCGCGCUCCUCAAAGACGCUUGCCUCGCGUUUGUUGCCUCACGGGAUGUGCUUGGUGCUGUCAUGGAAACUGAUGGAUUCAAGCAUCUCGCCGUGAGCUGCCCUUUGGUUUUGGUGGAGAUUCUGGACAAGAUCGUCAAAGGCAUGAGUCCGUAG